GAGCUUUCAGGAGGCACUGGCUAUCUACCCUCCAUGUGGAAGGAGGAAAAUCAUCUUAUCAGAUGAAGGGAAGAUGUAUGGUCGAAAUGAAUUAAUAGCAAGAUACAUCAAACUGCGAACAGGAAAGACGAGGACAAGGAAACAGGUGUCUAGUCACAUACAGGUCUUAGCAAGAAAGAAAGUUCGAGAAAUCCAAGCCGCCAUCAAGGUGUCUAGUCACAUUCAGGUUCUUGCCAGAAGGAAAUCUCGUGAGUUUCAUUCCAAGCUAAAGGAUCAAACCGUGAAGGACAAAGCACUACAAAGCAUGGCAGCAAUGUCCUCCGCACAGAUCGUAUCAGCCACUGCCAUCCACAAUAAACUGGGCUUGCCUGGCAUUCCUCGCCCUGCUUUUCCAGGAACACCUGGGUUUUGGCCAGGUAUGAUAUCUACAGGUCAACCAGGAUCCUCGCAUGAUAUAAAGCCAUUUGUUCAGCAAGCCUAUCCAAUCCAAACAGUAGGAACAACACCUGUUCCAGGGUGCGAUUCUGCAGUAACACCAGCUCCCUCCGUACCUGCCUGGCAAGGCCGCUCGAUUGGAACAACCAAACUGAGACAGGUGGAGUUCUCUGCCUUCCUCGAGCAGCAGAGAGACCCUGAUUCGUAUAACAAGCACCUCUUUGUACACAUCGGGCAAACCAACCAUUCCUACAACGAUGCCCUGCUUGAAUCAGUAGACAUUCGUCAGAUUUAUGAUAAAUUCCCGGAAAAGAAAGGAGGCCUGAAGGAGCUGUUUGGCAAGGGACCGCAUAAUGCCUUCUUCCUCGUAAAAUUCUGGGCUGACUUGAACUGCAAUAUACAAGAUGAUGCAGGAGCAUUCUAUGGUGUCACAAGCCAGUAUGAGAGCUCUGAAAACAUGACAAUUACCUGCUCGACAAAGGUGUGCUCGUUUGGCAAGCAAGUUGUGGAAAAAGUAGAGACUGAAUAUGCAAGGUUUGAGAAUGGACGCUUUGUAUAUAGGAUAAGUCGCUCGCCCAUGUGCGAAUAUAUGAUCAAUUUUAUUCACAAGCUUAAACACUUGCCAGAGAAAUACAUGAUGAACAGUGUGUUGGAGAAUUUCACCAUUUUACUGGUGGUAACAAACAGGGAUACACAGGAGACUCUUCUUUGUCUGGCGUGUGUGUUUGAAGUGUCGAACAGCGAACAUGGAGCUCAGCAUCACAUUUAUAGGCUUGUGAAGGAAUGAAAGAGGAACAUUUUACUGAAAACCUUAAACAGAGACUGAAAACCUCAAUACAAGUGGCAGUGCCUCAAAUCAGAAUCACACCCACGUUUUUGUUUUAGUCGGAUUUGGAUGGAGUCUUUUUUUUUCUUUUUUUUAUGUAUAUGUGUACAAUUACAGCUGUGAAUUGCGGUACAGUUGUAAAAACUUUUGAUGCUGAAUUAGUUAUUCAUUUUAACAGAUGACUAAUCAAUGCCUGUUCUUAGGAAUGGGUAUGUGUGUGUGUGUGUGUGUGUGUGUGUGUGUGUG